CAGAGGGCGCUCAAACCGAAGCAUAAAAGAAUGACAUACGGAGAACCGAACUGAUUUUUCUGAUGAUUUAAGUAGGCAACCUAGCUAUCUAGCUGCAUUGCUGCUGCUGGCCGUGGUGGUGUCCAUAAUGUUUAGUUCUAUAUUGAACGGUCUGAAAAAACUAACUCAAUGGUUAUCCGUUAUAUACCUCCGAAAACAGCCAGCUUGUGUGGCUUCACAACGAGAUAGCUAGGCUAUUUCACGAGUUGGACUCGGUUAGAUAGCUGAUGAGACAAUACAGCCCCGCUUUGGACGAGGCUGCUGCCGUGGGCUUUCAGGCAGCGCUACCAGUACCAUCGUGUUCUGAAGCGCUGACUCUGCACCUGUGCAGCAAGCUAACGUUGCCUAGGUAGCUUUCUAUCAUUACUAGACAGUGUUCGUGGAACCGUCAGCUGACAAACUAUGGCAAAGGUACAAGUAAACAGUGUAAUCGUACUGGAUAAUCCAUCUCCGUUUUUUAACCCCUUUCAGUUUGAGAUCACCUUCGAGUGUAUAGAAGAUUUGCCUGAAGAUCUGGAGUGGAAAAUAAUUUAUGUGGGAUCAGCAGAGAGUGAAGAAUAUGACCAGGUGCUGGACUCUGUUCUUGUUGGACCAGUGCCUGCAGGAAGGCACAUGUUUGUGUUCCAGGCUGAUGCAGCAAAUCCUGCCCUGAUCCCUGACGGAGAUGCAGUGGGAGUCACUGUCGUGUUGAUAACAUGUACCUACAGGACACACGAGUUUAUUCGGGUUGGGUAUUAUGUGAACAAUGAAUAUAUGGACCCAGAGCUCAGAGAAAAUCCACCCGUAAAACCAGAUUUUGCAAAGCUCCAGAGAAACAUCCUGGCCUCAAACCCACGAGUCACACGCUUCCACAUUAACUGGGAUGAGAGUAAUGUGAAAAUUGAUCAUUCAGAGCCCCCAAACCUCAGCAUUCAGCCGUUGCUCACUUCAGACAACUCGACUUCAUCAUCUAAAGGGCUGGUCACUGGGAAUUCGUUACACCUCAUGUCAGACUCACUUAUGAACUGUCUAUGACUGACCAGCUUCAACGUCAUUGCCGUUCUGUGAAGGAAAGGCUUAUUCUGAAAAAAUGGUCUUUCUAUGUUCUGUUUUAAUUGUGUGUGUUACUUUGUUAUAAUGCCAGUAAAUAUAACAUCAGGUUCUGAAAAGGCUAAGAUUCCUUUUGAUCGCCUCAUUUGUGGCAUUUCACCAUCUAAUUGCAAAACAGAAGUGCUGCUGUUAUUUUUGUCAGAGUUGCUCUCAGUCAACAUCUGUUUUCCACUGAUGGAGCAGUGCUGAACUAAGCCAUUCUAGACUAUGGCCUAGCUUAUCAAUGCAGUUGGUUUUACAUUAUCGUGCACAGUUGUAGGAGAGGUACAUAUUACUGCAAGAAAAAAUGUAACUUUUCAAGUUUCACUUUGUUAACAAAUGUCAAAAAUGUAUUCAUCUUGUAUUAAUCCUUGUUCAAGUAGUCCUGGUUCUGUGCACAGCUGUGUAUGCUAUCUGUAAAAACUAUACAUUUGUUCUAACUAUUGAGCUUAACUGGUAGUUGCACUACGCAGAAUAUCGACAGAAUAUUUCUCCUUUUUGACAGUUUUGUAGCUGACUGACAAAAGUCACACAUCCUAUGCUCGUUGGUAACCACGCCAGCACUACAUUGGUUGUGGUGUAGAGUAAACAUGGGUAAACCUGGUUUGUUUUGAAAAAGACAUUUAUAUGACGGUGGAAGUCCACCUGCAAUUUGUGUACAAGGGACUCACUGUUUGGCAGCUGCAACAAAAAGGCUCAAAUGAAUAUUAUAUUAUGCUGAUGAUGUAUACAACAUAGUUGAAAAUGGCAUUUGCUUUUUUGGUUUCAGAACAUGGUAUAAGAGCAAGAAGGCAUAAUAUUGGUGGAAAAUACCAAAUAAGGUACUUUAAAAGUGGAUGCUGCCAUUUCACGUGUAGCGGUUGGAAAGACAAGUGUGUCAAAGAAAAAAAUGUAAUGAAUACAGGAAAGUUUUUUUUUUUUUUUUUUUUUUUUUAAUGAGAAAAUAUUUUAGAAAAUAGAAAAUUGGCCUGCUACCAAAGGAGGGAAGAUUGCAUUCUGCUGUGCAAAAUGCAUUCAUUACCUGCAAGAAAGCCAUUCAUUAGGGGCCAAAUAAUCAGACAUUUUUGCAGUGCAAGAUGUGCCACAUUGGCGGCGGUGAGGGUGGGGGGCGGGGUUGUUAAUUGACCACCAUUUGUCAUUUAUGGCAAUAAAAGUAUUUAAAUUUUGUCAAAUAUACUUCUGACAGUAGUGAGGAAGUCCAUCUGUGUGUGGAUUGAGAGACGGAUGGAAUUUUUCCAUGGGGAGUGAAAUGCCAUCCAACAAUAUGGAGGACUACUGUUCUUGUCAGACACAGAGAAUGCUACAAUAAGUAGAGCCCAGACUGACAUGCAAAACUGAAUUUUUUAAAGACUGCUUCUGUCAGAUGAACUUGAAUAUAUAUAUAUGGCUUCACUUAAACAUAUAUAUAUACUGUAUGUGUGUGUGUGUGUGUGUGUAUAUAUAUAUAUAUAUAUAUAGAUAUAUAUAGAUAUAUAGUGUAAUAAUUUGAAAGCUAAAACAUCUAUCCAAUGUAUUUCACUGUGCUAAUCCAGGUUGUCAGAAUUAGCAUAGGCUAUAUUUUAUGUUACCAACAAGUGAACUAAAAAUGCAGUUGUACCCUGCUUAUGCAUGUUUAUGUAUUGGGUGAGCAGUACAACGUUUCCCCUCUAUUCACCAUUGACAGCAGUAGGUAGUUCAGACAAUGUUUAGUGUGACUGACUACAACAGUAAAAAUAAGCGGGAAGGCAUCUCUUUGACUUCUGCCAACAUGCUGUCACUUAAGAAUCUUGAGAAUCCACAGCGAUUGUUAAAUUGCUGAUGUCAGCCUUCUCACCCAGUUGGACAGUUUUAUAUUUCAAAACUACUCUGUGAAGCUAAGUUUAAUAAUAAUUUUAGUAAUAAAUGUUAUAGAUCUAACUAUAUUUUUCCAUAUAAUGUGCAAAAAUAUGAGAUUUUGCACACAAUCCACCAUUCACAUCUAAAGCAAAUAUUUUAAAAAUAUUUUAUUAAUGAAGAUUCCACAAUAUGUUAUGCUGAUAUGCUGAUGCUCUAACAUGCCAGCAUAUUAUUUGCUGCACAAACUUAGCAUGGGCUAAAAGUUUUGGUGAUUUUGCACUAAUCUUGCCUUUUAGUUCAUUAUUUUUUAAAGUACAUUUUAAGCUCUGUCUUUAAGUAUAUUGUGGCUUUGGCUUUGCUUUUCAUAGUACAGCAAGUGAUAAAAUGCAUUGUCUACAAUUAUUAAAAUGUGUCAUUUAAUAAUUGACUUAGGCUUGAAGUCUUUGUUGCAAUUUAAUUCAGAGUAAACAUGUAUAUGUGUGUGUGUAUAUAUAUAGAUUGAGCUCCAUACUGUUUGGGACAAAGACAUGUUUUGUUUUUUUCUUGAUUUGAACAGUCAAGGGUGGUGGGAGGAUGUAGGCUGAUUGUUUGACUUCUCCAGUUUUUAGUAACCAUCUUCCCUAUGCAUUUGUAUUUUGGGGGUGGGUGGGGAAUUUUUGUUUCAUCAUAACCAACAUUGGUUUUGUCACAUAGGUAGGGAAUUAACUGGAGUUAGUUACCAUUUCAUUUAAGGAUAUACUAGACACAUUUACGGAUUCCGAUUUUGGAAGAAAAACGGGGAAACCUUGCUUGAGAGUAUUCCAUAUACUUAAAAGUAUUUCAUAUGCAUUGCAUAAUUACAACCCAUAAGCUAUAUAAAGUUAAACUAUUUUUAUGUAAAUAAACACGUGCAAAACAAUUGCAAUAAGAUUAUUUACAUCAAAAUGAAUCCAAAUUACAAUUGUGGAGUUUUACAUUUGUAUAAUAUAAUGUCGCUUAAAGUGCAUUUUGUAGAUGCUCUGGCUUCGGAGCAUUUAUUUAACAAUAAUGGCGAAUAUAACAUUUCACAUAAAAGUAAUUUAUUAUUUUGUACUCUAUACGGAUGAGCUCGUAGGUACGGAUGAUUUUUCCAAUUUAACAAAUAUAUAUGAAUGAAUGUGAAAAUCAUCCAGAGAGGCAACUAUAAAAUGCCCAUUUUUGUCAGUCGCCUGAUUCUUGACCAUUAAAUGUCGCUAUAGUUCCAACCAGCUCCCUGUAAUUUUUGUCGUCAUUUCCUGUGUGUGCACCAAAACUGUUUUCCUUGGUCGUGGUGGUGAAAGAGAACAUCAACAGUGGAACUAGAGGCUAAAGGAAAAAGUGUGAAUGUAUGUCCAAUUCAGUAAGGCAGGCGAAAGCUUCCCCGUCAGUAAUAGGAUAGGAAAUAACGAGAAUAAAGGGGCUGACAAAGCGUGUUUGGGCUCACCCCUGCAUCACACAGAGCGACCCAAACUAGCUAGAUAGCUAACGUUAGCUGCACACUACAAGAACGCGACGAGGAAUACAACGCAACAGAGGACCCCUUCCAGAAAGCAUUAUCGCCAUCUCCAGCACUCUGAGCCAUAGUCGUGUCUUCCUUAAGAUGGGAAACGCUGCUACAGCAAAGAAAGGCAACGAGCUAGAGAGCGUGAGUGCAGAGAUGGAGCCUGAAUCUGCAGCGCAUACUCCAGGUACCUGCUUCACUAAAGACUACAAGGGGCAGGUACUUACAGUCCAUGUGCUGGCGUCAGACAACACCAGUCACAGGUUGCCACUCCUAUUGAAUACAAAUUGAGGGGCUGGGCGUUACUACAAAGCGCCCAAACCCGGGGUGAGUUUUUGAAGUUCACUUCCUUGUCUUAUUGAGAGACAUUGCUCACUUGCACCAGUGCAGUUUGCUUCAGUAUCAGUGUUUCAGUCACCCAUUUCAGUUUAAGUCAAUGGUAACAAUACGGUCAAAUACAAAGUCAGUAAUUUUUUCCCACAAUAAAAUGUAACUGCAAUAGGUGUUUCUUCUUCAUCUCAUGUUUACCCCCUGUGCCAAUCUGUUAAGUAAUUGUUUUAUUUGGACAACUCUGUAAUAUUUUGUGGACAAAUCAGGGACAGUUGAGACUGCCGAGUCACCGUAUUUCAAACUUUUGUGAACGACUGGACAUCAUGUCCAUACUGCGCAGUACAACAUGGCUGUACCCACAAACUGCACUUCCUGAGCUUCAAAAAGCUUUCUACCAAGCCCAUGGAGAGUCAAUGGGUGAUGUCCCAGUUACUUUGAACUUGUUUUUCUACAGUCUAUGGUUACUACUUUCCUGGAGAAAGGGUAACGUUACUCGCUAACAACCUAGCCACUAAUGACGGACAAUAUAUGUUAACGUGUUCAGUUCAGUUUAAGUUCUACUAUAAAUAGACUACUGCUUCAGUGGGAAAAUUGCAUUGGUUUAAUGUAACUACUAUUUGAAUUACUGGGAAUUAUGCUGUUGGCUUAUUGCAAGCUAUUUCAGACAUGGUCAUGACUUGUGCAAUAUUUGCUUCAUAAUAAAUCCAGAAAAACAAACGUUUUUAUAGAAUACCGGUAGUGAGAGAGAGAAUGGGGGAGAGGAGAUGAAGGCAUUAAGCCUGGCAAGGAGAAAUGUAUGGUUAACAUUCCAUCAUACAAGAGCUGAUAAAGUUAGCCUAUCUACGCAUUUCAAUAAAUUGUUUGACAAAAAUAACACGCUUGUUUUCAGUGUGGUUUUUAGUCAUCCACAUUACAUUUAGUUACACUGUCUACAAGGUUUGGGUUAUUUACCUCAAUUUUGCACUGUCAUUCUACCUUAAGCAUUGACUUAAAUUUUUUCAGUAAACAGUUUGUAAAGUGUGUGUUGUUCUU